AGCAUGGAACAUAUCAACACCAUAUCAGUACCAGAGACACGAGCUCGAAUACCAAUAUAUGUGCCAGCAAACACGAUCGUACCAGCUGGCAAGGCAACCAGUGUGGCCGGACUAUACAGCAUCCUGAUCGAAGAGACAUGCGUAAAAGCUACAAAUCAGCAUGGAAAGCACCCGGUUGCAAAAUCCAGGCAGUGAUAUACAGAAUAGCUGCUCACUAUCUCUCACUAUACCAAUAUUCCCUCAGUUCAAGGAAGUACAUUCAUCAUUCAAUUAUAACUACUCAAUAAUAAAUACUACACAACUACUGGCAACAGUCAUCGGGGAUGCAAUGUUCUCACCGCCUGCCACAUACUGCCACUGGUGUCUUCCUGUCAUAAGCGAAAGUCGCCUGUCAACAAGACAGAUCGCCGGUCAGCGUUGCUUGGAAUUGCCAUCCAGGCACACGCAGGAAGGAGAUGUCCGAACCAGCAAUUACCAACGGACACUUGGUGUCUCCUCACAGGCCCUUAGACCAACUUCAAACGAACCCGGCCGCUCCUACUGCGGACAUCUUCAAUGCUAGCUCCAUUGCGGAGAUCAAGGCCACCCUGUCCCACCUCCACGACCAGGAAGCAUCCGUCACAGCUCGCCUCGAUGCACUCGUCGCCUCCCAGAAGGACUUUUCUCGAGAGCUGGGUCGCCUUGACCUGUUACGGGCCCACCUUGGCACCCAGGCCACCACCACCCGCGCAAUCAGCAAUGGCAUGCUCUCCAACGCCGCAGCCACGGCAGACCGGAUCUCCAGUGCCGUACGUCGCCUCGACAUAGAACAGGCACGGGUAAAGGCCACACUGGCAGUCGUGGAACAAGUCGCAGAGCUCAAGGCCUGUGUACUGGGUGUUGCUGGUUCCAUGGGAGCCCCCCAGGACUGGGAGACGGCAGCAAGUUACCUCAACCGGGCGUCGAAAAUCCCACCGGAGGUUCUACAUGGCGCCUUUGCAGCGGAGAUUGUGCCCACAGCCGAAGUGCCCGACCCGCCGAAUGUUACGCUCGACAACGCCGCCGAAUCGCUGUGUGGGUUGUUCCUCCGCGAGUUCGACAAGGCCGUCCAGGAGAACAACGGGGCCAAAAUCACACGUUUCUUUAAACUAUUCCCACUCAUCGGUCGAUCAGAGGUUGGCUUGGACGUAUAUGGGCGCUAUGUUUGUCAAGGGGUUGCGUCUCGAGCGCGGACGAACCUUAAUGCCGGCACUGCUGGGUCACAGAGCAAGGAUGGCUUCUUCUACGCGAAUGCUCUCACCAAGCUCUUCGAACAUAUCGCACAAAUCGUCGACAGCCAUGGGGGGCUUGUGGAACGCCACUAUGGCUCGGGGAGAAUGGCUCGUGUCAUUGAGCGGCUCCAGAUCGAAGCAGACGUGCAGGGAGGCAUCAUCCUCGACACCUGGAGCGACGAGAGACAUAUCGACCGCAAGCUGAUGGAUGUCAAGUCCUAUGCCUUUACAUUUCUAGUACAAAGCUUUCUGCCCCAGCAAAGAGCCGCCGGCACCCCGCGGUCGAACUCACCGGCCUUUCGAGACGGAACGCAGGUCCCCGCUGAGGAUGAGGGCGUGGAUAUGAAGGAAAUCGACGGCAUCCUCAACGAAGUAGCUGUCAUGUUGGGUCGCUGGUCUCUCUACUGUCGCUUUCUGACCGAGAAAUGCAACAGCACGACUGAAGAAGCGGCAGGCGAAGAACAGCAGCGGCUUCCCAAAUUCCUUGAGGAAUCAUCCCUGGCUCGAAAAGUCAGUGACCGGCUAGCGACACCCUUCAAUACGAUGACCACGUUCUUCCUGAGACGGUCUGUCGAGAAGGCGUUUCAGCUUGACGAGCAGCCUUCGGGCCUGACAUUGCAAGCGAAUAAGCCAUUGAAAGCGGACCCUCCACACAUCACCUCGGCAGUAGACGACAUCAUGUAUAUUGUGAACAAGGUGUUGCAGCAAUCCUUGGCAACCUCGCAGCUGUCUGUGGUGAUGAACGUGGUGCCGACGCUGUCCCGCGUGCUGGGAUCCGACUUCAUCGGGAUGACGCAGCGGAAGAUGCGCGACGAGUGCUAUCCGAAAGCAACAGUCCAGGGCGGGCAGCCGCCAGAGCAGAUUGUCAUUUCCUUCCUGGUCCUGAUCAACAACCUGGACGUUGCCGUCGACUAUAUCCGGCGGAUUGUGCAAACGCACACCGAGCCCAGCAGCGAAGCGAACGCGCUGCACUCUCUGUUCCCUCUUGCCUCCGAGGCGGCCAAGGUCUCGCAGACCCUGCAGUCCCUGACAUCCUCAUUUGAAGCGAAAGUCAACGACCUACUCUCCGACGGCAUUCAGGUAGUUUUUAACAAUGUGAUCAAACACCGCUUGCGGCCGAUCCUCUCCGACUCCUUCCGUGACAUUGAAUACCAGCCCCGUGACGACCGCGACCCAACAGGCACCACAGCCUACUACCACGACCACCACGACUACGACAACGAUGAAGCCGACCAUAUCGCCGACUACGACGGCGCAGGCGGUCCAGGCACGAACGGCGGCGACCCCUCCUCCUCCUCCACCUCCUCCCCGGAGGCGGAACUAGUCCGCCCGCGCUUCGCAGCCGCCUGGUCAGAGCUCCUGUCCCCAAUCGCCCGGAUCCUGACGCCUACAGCGUUCGACCGCCUCCUCGCCGUGACGGUCGCGUACCUGGCGCGCCUGCUCGAGAAGCGUCUGUGGGCGUACCACGGCCGCGUCAACGCGCUGGGCACCACGCGCCUCGAACGCGACGUUUCAGGCAUCGUGAGUGCGGCGAUCGAUAUCGGCGGUUCCCAGAGUGCAGGCCGGUACCGUCAUCGCGAGGCGUUUGCGCGCUGCGUGCAGAUCGUGCUCCUGAUGGGCAUGGAGGACGACGAAUGGGAGGAGGUCGUGCGCGGCGGCGACGCUGCCGAGCUGGUCGAUCGGUUGAAUGCCGAGGAGCGUCUCCGGGUGCGAGGCAUGCUUAGGCAAAUUGUUUGAUAUUCUCUCUCUCUCUCUCUCUCU